AUGAAUUCAAAAAUUAAAGGUAUAACGGAUGAUAUAACAUCAAUUCCACCAGAAGAACAGAGAUAUUACGCAUUAAAUGCAUUUCCUAAAGUUUUGAAGAUUGGAAGAUUUAAUUUAAAUGAGGAAUUCAUAAAAGGUUUCCUAAAUGACAUAAUGAAGAAGGCAGAUAAAACAUAUGUUAACGAUGAGUUAGCAUAUGUGGCUAGUGCGUUAGUGAAGAAGGCAGAUAAGGAAUAUGUGGAUGAAAAAGAUAAUGAAAUUAUAGAAAGGGUUGAAUGGUAUCAUGAACGGACAUCAAAGAUUUUAAAAACUAAAGCUGAUACAGGAUGGGUUUCAGGAUGUUUAGACCUUAAAGCAGAUAAAACUUAUGUUAACGAUGAGUUAAAUAAGAAGGCAGAUAAGGAAUACGUUGAUACUGAGUUAGCAAAGAAAGCUGAUAUAUCAUUUGUUAAUGAAGAAAUAAAACAAUCGGAGGUCUAUUUUACCCCACCAUUUUUAAAUUUUAUGAAAUCAUCAGAUAAAACAUUUGAAGAUAUUGAAUGGUUAUGUUUCGAUGGAGUGACCAUGUAUUUAUUUUAUACAGGCGGA